CUCUGUGGCCAGCGCUUCCGGUGGCGGGACGCGGGGCCGCGCACGCGGGAAGAGCCUGCUCAGCGCCCCUGCCCGGCCCCCGCCCGCGCCGUCCCCCCGCCCCGGCGCGCCUACCGCCCGGGCGCCGGCGGCCGCGAGGCUCCGGCACGAGGAGAUCCCCAGCGCGCCCUCCGUCUGCGCGCCCACCCAGGAGUUUCGGGGGUACCAACAGGGCUAGGUCAGCAUGGCAGAAACCCUGGAGUUCAACGACGUGUAUCAGGAGGUGAAGGGCUCCAUGAAUGAUGGUCGGCUGAGGCUGAGCCGCCAGGGCAUCAUCUUUAAGAACAGUAAGACGGGCAAGGUGGACAACAUCCAGGCCGGGGAGCUGACCGAAGGCAUCUGGCGCCGGGUGGCUCUGGGCCACGGGCUUAAACUGCUCACGAAGAACGGACAUGUCUAUAAGUAUGACGGCUUCCGGGAAUCGGAGUUUGAGAAACUCUCUGAUUUCUUCAAAACUCACUAUCGCCUGGAGCUAAUGGAGAAGGACCUGUGUGUGAAGGGCUGGAACUGGGGAACCGUGAAGUUUGGUGGGCAGCUGCUUUCCUUCGACAUUGGCGACCAGCCGGUCUUCGAGAUCCCUCUCAGCAAUGUGUCCCAGUGCACCACCGGCAAGAACGAGGUGACGCUGGAAUUCCACCAGAACGAUGACGCAGAGGUCUCCCUCAUGGAGGUGCGCUUCUACGUGCCGCCCACCCAGGAGGACGGCGUGGACCCCGUCGAGGCCUUCGCCCAGAACGUGCUGUCAAAGGCGGACGUGAUCCAGGCCACCGGAGACGCCAUCUGCAUCUUCCGGGAGCUGCAGUGUCUGACGCCCCGAGGCCGCUACGACAUCCGCAUCUACCCCACCUUCCUGCACCUGCACGGCAAGACCUUCGACUACAAGAUCCCCUACACCACGGUGCUGCGGCUCUUCCUGCUGCCCCACAAGGACCAGCGCCAGAUGUUCUUUGUGAUCAGCCUGGACCCCCCCAUCAAGCAGGGUCAGACUCGCUACCACUUCCUCAUCCUGCUCUUCUCCAAGGACGAGGACAUCUCCCUGACGCUCAACAUGAACGAGGAGGAGGUGGAGAAGCGCUUUGAGGGGCGGCUCACCAAGAACAUGUCGGGAUCCCUCUAUGAGAUGGUCAGCCGGGUCAUGAAAGCGCUGGUGAACCGCAAGAUCACGGUCCCGGGCAACUUCCAAGGGCACUCGGGGGCCCAGUGCAUCACCUGCUCCUACAAGGCCAGCUCAGGGCUGCUGUACCCCCUGGAGCGGGGCUUCAUCUACGUCCACAAGCCGCCCGUGCACAUCCGCUUCGACGAGAUCUCCUUUGUCAACUUCGCCCGCGGGACCACCACCACGCGUUCCUUUGACUUUGAAAUUGAGACCAAGCAGGGCACCCAGUAUACCUUCAGCAGCAUUGAGAGGGAGGAGUACGGCAAGCUGUUCGACUUCGUCAACGCCAAGAAGCUCAACAUCAAAAACCGAGGGCUGAAAGAGAAAAAAGAGGGCAUGAACCCCAGCUACGACGAAUACGCUGACUCGGACGAAGACCAGCACGACGCCUACCUGGAACGGAUGAAGGAGGAGGGCAAGAUCCGCGAGGAGAACGCCAACGACAGCAGCGAUGAAUCGGGAGAGGAGACCGAUGAGUCCUUCAACCCGGGUGAAGAGGAGGAGGAUGUGGCAGAGGAGUUUGACAGCAACGCCUCCGCUAGCUCCUCCAGUAACGAGGGUGACAGCGACCGGGAAGAGAAGAAACGGAAGCAGCUUAAAAAGGCCAAGAUGGCCAAGGACCGCAAGAGCCGCAAGAAGCCCCUGGAGGUAAAGAAGGGCAAGGACCCCAACGCCCCCAAGAGGCCCAUGUCUGCCUACAUGCUGUGGCUGAACGCCAGCCGGGAGAAGAUCAAGUCGGACCAUCCAGGCAUCAGCGUCACGGACCUCUCCAAGAAGGCGGGUGAGAUCUGGAAGGGAAUGUCCAAGGAGAAGAAGGAGGAGUGGGAUCGCAAGGCUGAGGAUGCCAGGAGGGAAUAUGAAAAAGCCAUGAAGGAAUAUGAAGGCGGCCGUGGAGAGUCCUCCAAGAGGGACAAGUCCAAGAAGAAGAAGAAAGUCAAAGUGAAGAUGGAGAAGAAAUCCACACCCUCCCGGGGCUCAUCAUCAAAGUCUUCUUCAAGGCAGCUGAGCGAGAGCUUCAAAAGCAAAGAGUUUGUGUCCAGUGACGAGAGCUCUUCCGGAGAAAAUAAGGGCAAAAAGAAGAGAAGGCGGAGUGAGGACUCCGAAGAAGAGGAACUAGCCAGUACUCCCCCCAGCUCAGAAGACUCAGCAUCAGGAUCUGAUGAAUAGAGAAGAAGAUUGUGUCUCCUGGGGCUUGCCCCGUCCCAGCCCGUCUCCCCACCCGUGUUUUGGUACCUGUUUUCUCCUAUGAAAUGCAGUCCUUGGGUUCUGUGCCAUCUGAACAAGCUUUCCCGCUAGUCUGCACUUCCCUGGGGCCGCAGGGGAGGCGUCUCACCCUGCGGCUUCAGAAGAUGGCUGUUUAUAAUCCGGGGAGACAUCUGGUGGGGGCCAGGGCAGGGCUGGAUCCCACCGCACGCCCUGCCUUCCCGCCCUUUGGGGUAUAGCUGCUGCUUGUCCUGUACAAGUUGCCGCAGGCAGGGGUCCUGUGAGGGCAGGUCUGUAGCUCCUAACCGGGGCCUAUUUCUACUUUUAUUUUGUAUUUCUGGUCUGUGAAAAAUGAACAUUUAAUAAAGGGAACUGACUUUGGAAA